GUACUGUGUGUUGGUCAUGAGGGGAGGAGUAUAAAUAAGAAAGUCCAAGAAGCAGUGCACGAGGAAGUGGUGGAGUGAGUGAGGCAGAGAGAGAAACAUAUUUCAGGAUGUGGCAGACAGUGCUGCUGCUGUGCGGAUCCAUUCUGAUGACUCAAGGCCAGUUCCCCCGUCAAUGUGUGACUCCUGAGGGACUCCGUAGUGGUACCUGCUGUCCAUCACCCACCGGCCGAGCCAACGACGAGUGUGGCUCCAGCACUGGGAGGGGCCGAUGUGUGACAGUCACUGCUGAUGAACGACCGCAUGGACCUCAGUACCCUCACAGUGGGCGAGAUGACAGAGAAAGAUGGCCACUGCGCUUCUUUAAUCGAACCUGCCAAUGUAAUGAGAAUUUCAGUGGACACCACUGCGGACGAUGCAAACACGGCCUAACUGGCCCCAGCUGUAACCAGAAAGUCAACGUGGUGCGUCGCAACAUCAUGCAGAUGUCUUCUGAGGAACAGAAGGCAUUCAUUAAUGCUCUGGACCAAGCUAAGCGCACUGUCCAUCCUGAUCUAGUCAUCUGCACACGCCGUUAUGAGGAGAUCUUUGGUGCAGAUGGAAACAGCCCUCAGUUCGAGAACAUCACCAUAUAUAACUUCUUCGUCUGGACUCACUAUUACUCUGUGGGGAAAACGUACAUGGGGCCUGGACAGGACGGCUUUGGAGGAGUGGACUUCUCUCACGAAGGCCCAGGGUUCGUGACCUGGCACCGGUUCCAUUUACUCCAACUGGAGAGAGACAUGCAGGAUAUGCUUGGAGACCCGACGUUUGCCCUGCCGUACUGGUACUUUGCCAUCGGAGGCAGUGAGUGCGACAUCUGCACGGACAACCUCUUCGGAGCCAGGAGCAAUUUUGGAAAUGGAAGAACCAUCAGCGCCAACUCAAUCUUCUCCCAGUGGAGAGUGAUCUGUGAUCAUCUGGAGGAGUACGAGAAACUGGGGACCAUCUGCAACAGUACGGAGGGAGGCACCCUCAGACGCCAUGCUGGAGGUAACGUGGAUCGACCGAUGGUUCAGAAAUUACCGGAACCUCAGGAUAUUAUUGACUGCUUGGACUUGGACACAUUUGACACUCCUCCAUACUACUCUACCUCCACCAGGAGCUUCAGAAACACUAUUGAAGGUUACAGCGCCCCUCAGGGUGAUUAUGACCCAGUGGUCCGGAGUCUACACAAUCUGGCCCACCUGUUCCUGAACGGGACUGGCGGUCAGACACAUCUGUCUCCUAAUGACCCCAUCUUCGUCCUGCUGCACACCUUCACCGACGCCAUCUUUGAUGAGUGGCUCCAGAGACACAGCCCUGGUACAGUGGGGUACCCUGAAGCGAACGCUCCCAUUGGUCAUAACCGUCACUUCAACAUGGUUCCCUUCUGGCCACCCAUCACAAAUGCAGAAAUGUUCGUCGCAGCCCCAGAGGGUCUGGGAUACAACUACGAGGUCGACUGGCCUACUCGGCCGUACACCCUCUCUGAGAUCCUCACCAUAGCGAUUGUUGUGGUGGUGCUGGUGGUGAUUGUGGUGGGUGGAGUCAUCGCCUGCGUUGUGAGAGCCUACAGUUCAGUCGAAGGCCUGGAACCUCUGCUGGGGGAUCACUACCGUCGCUACUCGGAAGAAGAACGGCUGGUGGAACAGUCCAAAUCUGUAGUAUGAGAUAGGGUUUGUUUAGAAUUUGCACUGUAGAUUCAGACUGAAAUCUUUUAUAGACAAUCUUUUAUAGAAAAAAUAAAGGUGCUAGAACCAUUUUUGCGAAGAAUGCCAUUAAACAAACACCCCUGUUUGGUUCCCUAAAGAACCUUUGAUUUGAUGUUUUAUGUAAAGAGCUGUUUUGUAUAGUGUAAAGAAACUUUGUAUAAAGUUAUAUGCUAAAGAAUUAUAACUCUAAGCCAAGAACCCCUUAGAAUCCCUUUUCAGAAUAUUUCAUUUGUGCAAUUGCUAUUAGUCUACAUUCAUACUUGAAAACUUUUGACUUUUUAUGUGACAAUGAAUAACAAUAACAAUGACCAAAGGUCAUGAUAACUGUAGCUAAAAGCUGUAUGUGUGGCCUUCUCAUGUUUUUUUAUAUGUUUUUUUUUCUCUGAUAUAAUAAAAUUUGAACAAAA